AUGAAGUUAAUUUCUGUGUUCGACUGCAUCUCCUUGACCGUGUAUACCUUCACCUUCCUGCUCGGCCUGCCUGCCAACCUGCUGGUCCUCUUUGUUUACAUGCGCAAAGCUCAAAAACACGGCGCUACUCCUAACGUGGUUUACACCAUCAACUUGUGCUUAUCCAAUCUGGUCUUGGUCGCCUGGAUGCCUGUAAAAUCUGCCUACACUAUAUUUGAAAUAUGGAUCUUACCAGAGUUGCUGUGUCCCAUUUACAACUUCUUUGUGGUGGCCUCGCUGUACGGCAGUGGGCUCCUGUUGACAGCCGUAGCUGUCGGACGUUAUCUGAGCAUCGCCUUCCCGAUCAGCUAUAAAAUUUAUCGCCGGGCUCGCACAUCCUGCAUGAUCAGCGCUCUGCUGUGGGCGGUCGUGCUUCUGCAUCUCAGCUUGGCCUUAGUAGUGGAGAAAAGGGGUUACUUUGUGUCUCCGUCGAUGCCCAACACAUCAAAGUGCUUCGAGAACUUUACACAUGAGCAGAUGGUUGUGCUGUUGCCUCUGCGCCUAGAAAUGGCAAUCCUGCUGUUUGCCGUGCCUCUGUUGCUCACUGCGUUCUGUACGCUGCGCUGUCUAGCACUGGUGAAGCGCUCGUGCCUUUCGGCUGGCAGCAAGCGGCGCAUCCUGGCCAUGGAACUCUCCGCGCUCCUGGUCUUUGUCGUAUGCUACACACCAUACAACGUAUCUCAUGUGGUCGGCUUCAUCCAGAAAAGCAACGUGCACUGGAGACGCGAGGCCAUUGUCUCCAGUUGCUGCAACGUUUUCCUUGAGCCGGUGGUCAUGCUGAUACUGUCGCCCUCAAGGCCUAAGGACCUGCUCUGUAGACUGUGUGUGAAGAGGAGCUCCAAGCAGCAUCAAGAAGGCAUUGUGCAGGGGAAAGACCCUCUGGCAACCAUGCAAAAAGAGACAAUGUCAGUCAAACCACAAUUGGGCUCUGAAUUGGGCAGGAAUUAA